AUGAUAUCUUCAUACUUUCUGUUACAGAAAAGCGAACCCACACCUGUGAACACUGUGCUUCACGUAUCCGUCAUCCAUUUGCAGCAACGCCCGUAUACCUGUGAACACUGUCAGAAAUCUUUUUCUCGAAAUUACACUUUACAAACACACAUCAAAUCUGUACAUUUGGAGCAACGCCCCCAUUCUUGUGAGCACUGUGGAAAAUCGUUUUCAAAGAAGCAUCAUUUGCAAAGGCACAUAGAAGGUGUUCAUUUGAGGCUGCGCCUAAACACGUGUCAACACUGCGACAACACGUUUGCUCGAAAACGCAGUCUACAAGCCCACAUCAAAUCUGUUCAUUUGGGACAACGUCCUAAUGAAUGUGGGCACUGUGCGAAAUCCUAUGCUCACAGGAUCGGUUUGCACAGACACGUCAAAUCUGUUCAUUUGGGACAACGUCCUUAUGAAUGUGGGCAGUGUAAGAGAUCUUUUACUCAGAGGACCAGUUUGCAAUAUCACCACAAAACUGUUCAUUUGGGUAAGCAUUUGAUUUGUAGCACUGUUGUCGCCUAUGUUUUGUUAUGUUGCCACUCAUUUUGAAUAAGUCCACUGUAUUUUACCCAGGUUGACCGGAAAAAUGCACACACGAAAACUGCGCACGGCAAAAAGCGCACAGACAUAAAAGUCGACACGAAGAUUGCGCACACACAAGAUAACGCACAUUAAAAGUGAACACAUUUUCGCAAGCUGUUCAUAUGGUCACAUAUGACCAUAUUAUUUAUGUACAUAUUACCUACUGUUAGCUAUUAUAUAUUAUUUAUACA